CUCUUCGGCAAAAAAAUUUAAAUUCUCAAGCGUAGGUAAAACAUCUAGAGGAGGUUGCACACAGCAUCGAAGGUUAAUCCCUCCUGGUAAGUUACUGGUGUAGUAAGACAUUGGACUAGUAUUCAUGUUCAUAAAAUUUUGGUUACACUCCUCGUUCUUAUCAUAGUGUUGCUAAGUAUCCAGUUCAAGCAUGGAGAUUUCGUGUUCCAACAUUAACAAUGGGAAAAAGUUGGAAAAUGUUUAAAUUUAAAAAGGGUUCCAAAUCCUUCUCGAAACUUCCGUUGAAAUUAAACCUAAAAAUAUGUUUAAUUAGGCAAAAAUGUAUUACAGUGCCUGAAUAAGCAUCCUUCAAUUGCUGACCUAAAAAAGGGCAUCCUCAAACUUAAACAAUUGCACACUGUCGUUGUUCCUACAAUAGGAUUUGCGUCAGCUUUCACACUAGCUGUUAAGUAGACUUGAGUCUUCUGCAGUGAGUAUUUUACUUCUUCACGAUAAUUUUGCGAUGUCGGCCUUCUAUGUUUUUGAAGGACCGUUAUUAAGUGUGUUCAUCAGAUUCUACAUGCAGUUGCAUCCGAUUGCUUUCCGUCUUCAACGUCUUUGGUAAAGAACUGUUGGCCUACCGGUAUAAAUGAUUGAAUUUUCCUCUUUAAAGUCCAUAGUAAAGCUCAGUCUUGUCCUAGAACCUUCUGAAAACUUAAGUGUGUUCGAAUAUGCGAAGAAAACAGACGUCUGAUGCUAGCUUACGGAAUGUGUUAACGAGAACAGUUUCGCCAUGGGAAAUUUAGGAGAAUUGAUACGAAAGCAGACCAAGCAGAUAACAAUUAAUUUAUCAGAUUUCAAAUGGUAAUUUGCAUGAAUACCGGUGGCGAGUUUCCUGAACUUCUAAAGGUUAGCCGCAGCUAAUCCCGUCCUCAAAGAGCGAAGAACGGGCAUAUUUCCGGGCCAAAUGGAGGCUAUUUCGUUUAUCAUCCUUCAAAUUUUUUUUGCAAAUUAGUUAAAAAAAAUGUUUAUCGGUACAGCUAACCAUUAACUGCGUGGGUUUUUAACUUUUCAGUGCUGGUACAAUUUUAUGAACAAACAAGCAUGUCCCCUCUUUGUUAACAACCACAGAACGCUCUCUCACCUUCAAUUAAUUAUACUGAACGAAGACUUAUCGUCAUAAAUGUAGAGCUUGAAAUUGGGGAAUUCUACUUAAGGUAUAUCGUCGAUUAUGAUCCAUAGAAUAUUUCUACUCGCUCGUGACUGAUCUAAACACAUCACUUUAACAAAUAUUUUCCCUCCUAAAACUGAGGUAUAUCUGAGGAUAUCACCCACGUGAUACCACCCGAUUUUCAAACCUUACAUCCACUAUAAUAAGUCUUCGUUUAAAACUCAAUUUAAGAUGAGAGAGAGUUCUACGGUUGUUACGGAAGAAGGGAAAUAUUUCUAUUCAUAAAGUCAUACCAGAGAACACUCGAAAGAAGACAUCCCACGCUUAGAACAUUAAGCUGUUCGUAAAUAUUUUUUCACGUGUUUCGCAAAAUAUUUUAAGGAUAAGAAACACAAUAGCCUCUGUUUUGCGCGAAGAUGCUCGUAUAAUUGUUCUUGGGUAUUAUCUGUUCCUCGAAGCUCAUUUCUUUCCUUGCCAUCAGUUUAUUUCGUUCCCUGCAGACGUUUCGUUCCUCAGUUAUAAACAGCAAGUCUGAAACAGAAAAAUAAAAAUAAAAAAAUUAAUAUUUUUUCAAUUUCCCAUUUCAUUUUCCCAUUCCUCUUUCCCAUUCCUCUUUCCCGCUUGUAGUAAUAUCACUGCGAAAAUGUGAUCGAUAUCAAUAAAUUCCUUUUCAGUAUUUUGCUGCCCAGCUGUCACUUUAGAAGACAAUGAAGUGUUCAACCAAUCAACUGCGAAUCAUCGCCUUGAAUAUGUUGCUUUUCGUCUUCACUAAGACUGUGGCAUAUCCCUCGGGGUUAGAAGUUAUAAAUGUGACUUUCUGUGGUGAGUUCCUCUUUGGCUUGUGACAAAUAUACAUCUUCAAACGUUAAAAAACCGUAGUAGGUUUAAUGCUUGUCUUUUUUGAUUGUGCAGUUCGAUAUACCUGGUGAGAGAAGUCCUUACUCUGGGAUUGUUGUCGCAAGCAGCGAUUAACGUUUCGAUACUCUUAGCGGAAGUCAUUAUUUAUUGACGGGGUUCGACUCAGAUGAAGACUUGAACAAUAGCUUAAAAGAGUUAAACGAAGUUGACAUAUUUAAACACAAACCAGUCUCCCAAAACACAAAUUAAUCAACCAAAACACAAUCAAUUUCUCAAAAACGUUAUAAAUAAUCACAAAUUUUAUCAUGUUGGUUUUAAUAAAUCAAUUUCAAUUUUAGCAAAUGAAGUUGUGGACUAACUUUACAGACAAUCAAAUCAGAUCAGAUGUCUUUUAAAGCCUAUUUCCCUUGGGUGGGCGCCUCGCAUACGUCCUACUGCCCCGUUUGCGCCCUCCCCUUUGGAUUUUUAUUCUUUGAAGUUAUUCGACUGAUUCCUCCAUAUCCUUUGACUACUGUUUCUGAAUUUAUUGCCAAAUAAAGAUUUAAACAGAAAAUAACACAAUCAAUUGCGUUCAAACCAGUUUACUUCUUGUAUUUUUUACAGGCAACUACGAUAAGACAGCGAAAAUCAAAAUUUCUCCAUGGCCUUUCAUCCCUACUGGAGCUAUCGUUAAUUUAACAGUAAUAUUCACACCCGGUAAGUUGAUGUCAGUGGAAUAUGAAUAUAUUCUAUCGAAUAAUUUCGUUCGUGCUGUUGUUGUAUUUCAAACAUGCCACACGGUUCAACGUUAUCCGUUUAUUCAGUAAAUACUAAUCCUAGAUAUUCCCUUAUAUCACAAAAACAACUCUGCAUCUGCGAAACAGGAUUGGAAGAGAACUAGGCGACCCGUUCCGAGAACGUAACGCAAGAAGGAAUGCAAAGGACGGAUUACGAAUCAUUCUAAGCAGCAUGAUAUGUCGCGCAGUCUGCAGCCCCUCCCUGCAUCUAAGCAAUUCGGAAAGUUGCAAAACAUUGCAAAAAAAAUUUAUCGAAUGUAUCUAUUGGCACUUUUAGCCUCCUCGGUUUCAACGCUUUGCAUUCAACAUUUUUAAAGAGAUAUUCAAAAACUCAUUAAUAAUUCAUAAGCCCAUUAACCUAUCAAAUGGUAGAUAAUACAUCACGUGCAGUGACUUUAUAUCGAUAAACCUCAUCCUUAUUAGUAUGCGGUGUUUUAUCAUAUAUAAAGACACUGCUCGUGACUUAUGAAUAUUAAUUAAUUAUCAACACAGAAACUGACACAACAAAUGUUGGGAACAUAUUUAAUGUUCUUUCAACAAAUUUCACACAGUAAAUUUACUUUUGCACCAAAUUAAUAGUACAGUUGUGAAACACACAUCUGGAAAAAUUCUCUAUUCCAUUAGUAAAGUAAUCUGGUAAAGGCAUAUUAGACAAUACAUCAUCUGAAACUUAGUAGAAGAAAAGUACAAAACACGUGUGAGAUUUGAUUUUCUUGCAUACUAAUUUAAUCCCUAAUGUUUUUCUCGUACGCUAAUUUCUAACGUUCACAAAAGUAUAAUUGUUAUGAACUCUCUUGACACACGCUUUUCCAAUAAUGUUUUUGAAGCCGUUCAAAAACUCGCAGCACGUGUUUUAUCGGGUCAAAAACCACUCGGCUACGCCUCGUGGUUUUAAACCCGAUAAAACACUCCUGCUCGUUUUUUAAACAUUACAUAAACUGCUGAGUUUAUACUUCCUUGCGUUGCUCAAUUUUUUCCGUGGGAUGCCUGUGCGGUUGCCCGGCCUUUCUUUUCCAUCGCUGACGCAAAUCGACAAAUUCUUGAAAUGCUUGGAAUGUUUGACAUUUUCCGUAUCUCUCAGCAAUGAACGAGUUACCAGUAAUCGGUUCCUUGUGUUAGCACAACGUUGUUUCGACGUAAUAAUACUUGAUUUGAUGAGAGUACAUCGCUUUUUCGCUGCCAUUUUAUUAAAAAUGGAUUUAUGUAAUGUUGAUGCAAGGUAAGUGAACGUUUUUGUGUGAUUAACCAUGAAACAUCUAAUAAAAUCUACCGAUUAUCCGCUCAUCUAGCGUAGGGUUUAUUGCGAAAUUGACAUCUUGAAUAUCACAAAUUAAUGGCCUGUUUACAUGGAGGUGGGAUACCCUAGGUAAGGUGAGGUUACCCGCGUAUUCGGGGGGAAGGGGGGAGUUGGAAACCGGCCUGUCCCUAUAAUCUCUUAGCUAGUCUUGAUCACGUUUAUAUGGUAGAUAGGAUGACCCGCCUAGGCGGGUUGCCCGGUCUGCUGGGUAGGCUAACCCUGUCAGCCGGGGUGACAGUUUUCAAUGUAAACAUGUCAUGGUGAGGUAACCCGCCUGGCCGGGAUCGCGUUCAUGUUAUAAAAAUGAGCAAAACAAUACCGAAACCUACGGUGGCCCACAGAGGACAUGCAAUUUUUCUCUUUUGUUAUCGGGCGAUAAAUCUCAUGUAUCGCACGAUAAAAUCAAAAUAUCGCGCGAUAAAUGGGAAAUUAUCGUGCAAUAAAUGGAAAUUAUCCCACGAGAAAUGAUAAAUUAUCGCGCGAGAAAUGGCAAAAUUGUUAGGUCGCACGUUCAAUUUUUAGACUUCCGCCGAAAACAGAAAAACUAAGCCAUGCCACAGACUGCAGCAUUGUCGGAAAAGCAAAAUUGCGGCUCAGUUUCAUUUUUCUCUUUAUUGUUGACAGGAUUAAAAUAGAAAUAAAAGUUAUGUCUCAAUAUUCUAUCACAAGGAAAAAAAAGUCAAAAAUUUUUGAUUUGGCACUUUUGUAUUUUUCUAUGAUAAAAAAUAACGAAAAUCAAAAAUUGACAUCAAUUUUCAAUUUUUGAUUUUAAACGAAAAUUGAAUAGACGAAUGACACGCGGACCAGAAAUACGGGUAUGUUCAAAAUUUUCACAUUUCUUAGCCGUGCCAUGCAGAGCUAAAACGUUAAAACACCCUUUUUAUGUCCUCUUAGCAAUGAAACCUCACAGCGAUUUAAUCACGUUUUUACUCUAAACUCAAUACUACAUUCACAUAUUACGCCGAAGCGAAGACAUUGUAGCGCCAGAAACGGUUAACGCAUCGAGCUAUUGGCGAAAAUCUUAAAGGACGGUAAAAUACUGACGUUUUUCGGCAACGUUUCACCACACGUCGCCGUUAAACUCCUUAAUUACAAAUGCGAUAAAAACCUCGAGAAAUUUCACCCCGGCAUCCCGGGGUUGUAAGAUUGUAUGUAAACGCGGGCUUUUAUCGACCUCGGCUAGGCGGAUAACCUCACCCACCUGGGGUCCCCACAUCCGUGUAAACAGGCCCUAACUUUAAAUCUCUAAGAAAUACCUCAGUACAAUCUUAUUAGUUGUAGGUUUUUGAUGAGUAAAUUACGGCGGCUGAAAAUAUACUUCCUCAAAGAAGAGAGGUAGUUAUCAGCGGAAAUGGAAAUUAUUUUACCAGGCUGCUUCUCUUUAGGAAUGAAACAAGCGAUAAGAAACACGAGGAGAUCAAUAUUUUGAGGUCCAGUUUGUUUCGGAGAGAUCCAAAGGAUUUUGAGAUGCCGCUCCUCGCUAUUUUUUAACUACAAACACUGUCGCGGUUUAUUCAACACUAAAAUUUUCUUCGGUGAUGUCUUUGGCUAAUUUAAGUGACUAAUCUUCGUAUUUUAUUUUAACUGCACUAUUCCUUUCAAUGAACCGCUCAGUAGCUGACGCAUUCCACGGAAUAGCCUUCAGGCGUAUUGUUCUGUAAAUAAAACACACAACCAACAAUUCCUCUAUUUAUUUACUAUUACGAAGGGCUAAUGCUUCACAAAAACUCCCCCACUUGAGGGCAUACUGCGCCAUGUUUCUUACUGGUGUUUGUUUCCGACAGCUGUAGAUGUCCUUGAUGUCACUAUUGAAUACGAGUAUGGGUUAGAAUCGGAAAGCAAGGCGGUUAUUAGAGGCAGGAAUGACCAUGUAUGCGAAAGCAAUCCAGACUUCUGCAACCUUCCCGCCGGUGGUAAGGUGUUUUGAAGCGAAAAAAAUAAUACAAAAUGAAACUUUAUGCGGAUAGACCAUCGGCUGUUAUUUAUUUACUAGCAUGUCUAUUUUUUCCCAGAAACUCAAGUGAAGACUAUUUCUAAGAAAUUAACAGAACUUCCACCAGUUUUGAAGGUAAUCAAUUAA